GACAGCAUCAAUUGACCAUAACCUUAACUUAUACCAGUUUAAAAUUCUUUGCACCACUCGACAAAAAAUCGAAACAAUGACUAAAGGAAAGAUCUUGGUUACAGGCGCGGGAGGGAAUCUGGGCCGCAAGACAAUUGAUCUUCUUCUCGAAAAGGUGCCCGACUCUUCACAGCUUGCUGUCAUUACCCGAGACCCUUCCAAACUCAAGCGCCUCGUCGACCAGGGGGUCUCGGUGCACAAGGCGGACUAUCUGGACUACGACUCGCUUCUUUCUGCCUUUCAAGGCGUUGAGAAAAUCAUGUUCAUCGGCGCACAUGCCUUCACCGAUCGCAUCAAGCAGCACUUCAACGUCAUUGUGGCUGCGAGACAGGCCGGAGUGAGGCACGUUGUCUACACCUCGAUCCAGCGCCGAGAGGGCUCGGGCGUGGUGCUGUGGGACAUCACCGAGAGCGACACAUUCACCGAGCAGGCCCUGCGCGCAUCCGGCAUGGCAUACACCAUCAUGAUGCAGCCAGCCUUUUUGGAGACGCUUCACAUGUAUUUUGGUUCCAAUGCGCUUGAAGAAGGCGUUCGCAUGCCAUUUGGCAAUGCCAGGAAGACUGCGCCCGUGACGCGAGACGAUCUCGCAGCAGCCAAUGUCACAGUGCUGACGCAGCCUGGACACGAGAAUAAGACGUAUAAGCUGAGUGGCGACGAAGCGUUUUCGUUUUCGGAGGUUGCCGACAUCCUAAGCAAAGUCAAGGGCAAGGCGGUGUCUUCCGAGAAUGUUAGCGAAGAGGAAUAUCUCAAGUGGCAUGGGCUUAGAAAUGCACCCAAGCAGAUGCCUCAGUUCAGGCUUGCCUGGGUGAAGACAAUGAAUGAUGGCGACUUCGAGGAGACAACGGGCGACUUGGAGCGGCUGAUUGGGCGGAAGCCAACUGGUUUCCGUGAGUAUGUAAAGUUGAACUAUCCUCCUUUGUAG